CUCUGUCAGUGAGCAACACACAGUGGUCUGCCAAAGUGUUUUUGUGUUUAGAUGAACACAAUGUCGAUGCAGCGAGUGUGUGUGUCAGAUUUUGAGAAAGAAGCCAGGAAAAUUCUGCCUAAAGCUGUGUAUGAUUACUACCGCUCAGGAGCGGAUGAGCAACAUACCCUGGCUGACAAUGAAGCUGCUUUUAACAGGUGGCAUCUUGUCCCGCGGGUACUGAGGGACGUGUCCACAGUGGAUCUGUCUGUCUCUCUAUUGGGCCAGAAGCUCAGCAUGCCUAUCUGUGUUGCUGCCACAGCAAUGCAGAGGAUGGCUCAUCCUGAGGGGGAAGUAGCUACAGCAAGAGCAUGCCACACAUUGGGAACAGGGAUGAUGCUGAGCUCCUGGGCCACUUCCACUAUAGAAGAAGUGAUGUCAGCAGUGACUGACUCCCAGGAUGGUGGCUGUGUUCUGUGGCUGCAGCUUUACAUCUAUAAAGACAGAGAGCUGACACUUUCAUUGGUUCGCCGGGCAGAGGCAGCAGGAUACAAGGCUAUCUUUGUUACCGUGGAUACACCAUAUCUUGGGAGAAGAUGGGACGAUAUGCGCAACCACUUUAAAUUGCCCCCACAUCUGAGCAUGUCCAACUUCUCAACAGCGUCACUGGCUUUCUCUGAGGGGAACUACGGCAAAGACAGUGGUUUGGCUGUUUAUGUUGCAAAAUCAAUCGAUCCAACUCUCUGUUGGGAUGACAUCACCUGGCUAAAGAAGCAAACACAUCUGCCUGUGAUUGUGAAAGGAGUUCUGAAUGGUGAAGAUGCGGUCCAGGCACUAAAAUAUGGGGUUGAUGGCAUCCUGGUAUCUAAUCAUGGCGCUCGACAACUGGAUGGAGUACCUGCCACGCUGGACGUGUUGGAGGAAGUGGUGACGGCAGUACAAGGCCGUUGUGAUGUCUACCUGGACGGAGGAGUGAGGCGAGGGACAGAUGUCCUGAAGGCUAUAGCUCUUGGAGCAAAAGCUGUCUUCAUUGGCAGACCUGUGCUUUGGGGCCUUGCCUGCGAGGGGGAACAGGGAGUAACUGAUCUUCUAGAAGUACUUAAAGAAGAACUGCGACUGGCCAUGGCUCUGACAGGUUGUCGUUCCAUAUCCGAGGUCAGCAGGUCCCAUGUCAGGAGAGCGGAGUUUGCCUCCAGGAUGUGAAAAUCAACCUGUCGCAGGAAACACAAGAAUUUUUAUUCUUUUUUUUUUUUUUUU